AUGCUGUGGCCGGUGUUGGGGGGGGAUGACGGGCUGAGCCCCACAACGUCGCCCACGCCGGCGGCGACCGGCACCGUCCCCCCCGCUAAGGGGGUGCACAAACUGACUCCCCUGCUGCUCUGCGCCCCCUGCAAGCCCGGUGGCCACCGGAAGAGCCAGAGCUCCACCCAGUGGUACGUGCAACAGCCCACGUGGCGUUUAUGGGGCGAGGAAAGGGGCGACGGCGUCAUAUACACGGUAUACCUAAAGAAGGUCCGAUACCAUCGGCCCACCAGAAGUCUCUCAGCAUCGGAUUCUGACGACGAGAUCUCGCACUUGGAAUGGGAGACGGUGAGGGUGCGCUUUCUGAAGGCCGGCACGGUGCAGCGGCUGGUCGAGAGCCUGGCGAACGACGACGGCGAGCUGGAGUCCACCUACAUAAACAUCUUCCUGGCGACGUACCGCGCGUUCACCAGCCCGCGCGACGUCCUCGAGCUGCUGCUCGCGCGAUACGACGCCCUGGACGGUAGCGCCGGCUGCGAGCAGCACCGCAAGACCCUGGUGCAGGCGCUGCACGUCUGGCUGGACGCCUAUCCGGGCGACUGGAAGUCGCCCCCGAGCCAUCCCCUGCUCACCCGGCUCCUCGAGUUCACGCAGCAGCGCCUACUCGGCUCCGAGCUCGAGCUUAAGGCCAAGCACCGGCUGCACCGCUUCCAGCGGGAGGAUCAGAUAGACUCUUGCAUGGUGUACGACAAUGGACGACUACCCAUGCGCGGUUCCCCGGAUCCGAUGGCGGAUCACUGGGGGAACUACAUCUUCCCCGAGGUGCCCCACCGUCACUUCGCCGAGCAGCUGACGCGGAUGGACGCCGAGGUGUUUAAGAAGCUGGUCGCUCAUCAGUGCCUCGGCGCCGUGUGGUCCAGGAAGGAUCGUUCCAGGAGCCAUGAGGCCGCGACAGUGGUGGCGACCGUGAAUCAGUUCAACGCCGUCUCCCUGCGCGUGAUCUCGACAAUCCUGACGGACACGACGCUCAAAUCGCAGGAACGCGCCAGGAUCCUCGAGACGUGGAUCGACGUCGCGCAGGAGUUGCGGGUGCUCAAGAACUUCAGCAGCCUGAAAGCGAUUGUUUCCGGUCUGCAGAGCAAUCCGGUGUACCGGCUGGAGAAAUGCUGGCAGUGCAUGCCCCGGGAGAAGCACGAGCUUUUCCGCGAGCUCGAGAGGAUAUUCUCGGAGGAGAACAAUGCCUGGACGCAGAGGGAGUUACUCAUCAAGGAGGGCACCGCCAAGUUCGCCGACACUGCUGGCAGGAGCGACCGGCAUCUGCAGAAGCUCUUUCAGAAACAGAAUACUCAUGCGGGCAACAUUAGCUACGGCACGAUACCGUACCUAGGGACUUUCCUGACUGACCUCACCAUGAUCGACACGGCGAUACCGGACACGAUAGCCGACGGUCUCAUAAACUUCGACAAGAGACGGAAGGAGUUCGAGGUGCUCGCGAGGAUAAGACUGUUACAGGGCGCGGCGAACGCGUACAACUUCAGCAUGGACCCCGUGUUCGAUCGCUGGUUCCACUCGGUCGUGGUGCUGGACGAUCGGGAAGCGUACAAGCUCAGCUGCCAGAUCGAACCACCGCCAGGGAACACUCUGAAUAACCGCGGCAAGAAGAAGCAGGCUCAUCAAGGUCACCGUAAGAACGACUCGAUCGCCUCGACGUCCAGUUCAAGUAGCUCGCAAUUCUACUGCGACCUCGACUCCCUGCCGAGCUCGCCGCACAACUCUCUGGACCGGCGUACGUCGCCGUCGCAAAUGUCCAGCUCGUCCUCGAGCUCGUCCCUGCCGUCCCUGGACGUGUCGCUGAGCUCCGGCGGGGGUGGCAGCCAUCAGACCCGGCUGGCACCCCCGGCGGGCGCCGUGGCGGCCAACGGCAGCACCCCGAAUCUCGCCGGACUGUCCAGCCCGAGCCACUCGCACAAGAGCUCGCCGGACUUCUACAUCAUCAAGGUCACCAUGGAGACGGACAACGUCGAGACGGAGGGCGUGGUGUUGUACAAGUCGAUAAUGCUGUCGAACAACGAGCGAACGCCGCAGGUCAUCCGGAACGCCAUGUUGAAGCUCGGCCUCGAGGGCAGCCCCGAUCAGUACACCCUGGCCCAGGUGCUACCCGACCGGGAGAUGGUGCUGCCCAACUCGGCCAACGUGUACUACGCUGUAAAUACCGCGCACAAUCUCAACUUCAUCCUGCGACAGAGGAGGGAGCCCAACGACGUGACCUCGGACAGUCCCAGGAGCAAGGGCAACGGUCACAAUCACAAGAGGUAGUCCCGAGAUCGCCGCCGAGCGCCCGAGGAACAAGAGGAUCUCCGUGAAAAGUGUCUCCCGAUGACGUGUGCGGGACAGUUACACGAACUUUGGACGCGAAGUUAAGAGUGCCGAUGGAUUCUCGGUGAAAGAGAGCAAAGAGUGGAGUACGAUCGGUACACAUAAUUGCGAAUAGGAGACAAAUACGAUACGUUGUCAGCGUACGUCAGCGACCGCCGGAGUUAGAUAUUAAGCUGCAGUAUCGCGCAAAAUUAAUUAACACUUUUGGUAUUACGUAUACUUUUGGUAUAUUGAUGUCAGUGUCUUAAUCGAUGCUAUCAAUAGCAAUUGGUAAUGUUAAUGUUGCUACUUAGCAUUAACGUAUCGUCGCUGGUCAGUGAUAUUAACAGUGCUAAUUUAAUCACAAUAUCACAGCAAUACAUAUCAGAGUAUUGCAGCUUAAUAUCCGGUUCGCCGUUAAGAUAUUCUAUUGUAAUUUAAAAAAAAAAACGACGACUACUUAUUUAACAGCUAAGCUUCUUCAUAUUCGUGAAGGAGCGACGAUCACACACGAUAUCAGGAAUCACAAUUGCCGCGAUCGCGCAUCCUCGUUCGCUCUCUCUGUCGCGAAUCGAAAGCUUGAAAAGAGGGGCGAAUCUCGCCGCACUCGCGUUAAUUAAUUUGUUUAUUAAAACUUAACCAUGACAACACCCGGCCGCUUCGCCUCUUCGACGUGACGACGCAAACGAUCCGAAGCGACGAGCCGAGGUAUGAUUAAGCGCGAUCACUCGUACGACCGGAAGUGCGUACAGCCACGCACACGUAACGCACACAUGCACGAACGCACGCACGAACGCACUCAUGCACGCACGUACGUACGU